AUGGAGUCUAGAACGGCGCCGGGUGCGAAGAACCGAGAGCAGGAAGUGGCAUGUGGCUGGGGAAGCCUCUUCUGGCUCCAGCCCCGCCCCGCUGUGCCCUUCCUUGCAGGCUAUGCCAAUGAGGUUGGCGAGUCCUUCAGAGCCAUCGUGCCUGUCUCGCUGGUCUGGGCAAGCUACGGGGUGGCCACCUCCUACGUGGCGGCCGAUGCCAUCGACAAGGGCCGGAAGGCAGCUGCUGUGCACCAGCAGGACGCAGGCCGGACAGCGCGGGUGGCCGUGGCAGUGGGGGACACCUUUGUGUGGCUGGCACUGGCCUCCGUGGCCAUCCCAGGCUUCACCAUUAACCGGAUCUGUGCAGCCUCCCUCUACCUCCUGGGCACUGCCACCCGCUGGCCCCUCCCCGUCCGCAAGUGGGCGACCACGGCCAUCGGCCUCUCCGCCAUCCCCCUCAUCAUCAAGCCCAUCGACAGGUCCGUGGAUUUCCUGAUGGACGCCAGCCUGCGCAGGCUCUACGGCAGAGAAGAGAAAGGGCCCUCAUCCUAGCGCAGCCGGCGCCAUGGCCGCCCUCACCUCCUGCUGCCCCCAGCCCGCUGCUGGGAUCGCAGCUCUUCAGCCCGAUUCAGGAGACGUUGGCGCGGGCCAGGCUGGCACCGAAGCCACGGGAUCGGGAUUCACUGUGAACCCUGGCGGCAGGCCAGCUGCACUCACUCCCCCGCCCAGCGCCGGCCGCCACUGCCCCCUCC